AUGUGGGAUUCAAAGUCGACGCCUUUCAAGAACGAGGCAUGGACGGAGUAUGGAAUCGGAGUCGCAGUCAUUUUACUACGAAUAGCCGCUCGUCUGAAAAUUGUGCGCUGGAAUUGGCAUGGGGAUGAUUAUUUUAUUAUCCUGGUGCUGUUGUUGUGGUCGGGAGAGCUUGCUAUGCUGGAGCUGAUAGGACGAACUGGGACCAACAUCGGUUUAUCAGACGCCCAGCGAGAUGCGCUUACGCCGGACGAGAUCGCAACCCUCGAAUUUGGCACCAAAUGCAACCUUGCCGGCUGGCUGAUGUAUACGACCCUCAUCUGGUCUCUGAAAGCGUGCAUGCUGUUCUUUUAUGCUAGAUUGACCAUUGGCCUAUACAAGGAACGCAUGGUGAAGAUUGCUGCCAUAAAGAACUGGCAGGUUACCCCAUACCCCGGAGAUCUCUGUACACUAGGUGUUCCAAAUUAUAUCGCUGUUGCAUCAACCAAUUUACUCACCGACAUGCUUCUCCUCUCCAUACCCUUACCUCUCCUGGUUAGGGUAAGAAUACCACUGACAAGGAAACUUGUCAUCGGCCUACUCCUGUGCGGUGGCGUGUUCAUCAUGAUUGCAACCCUCCUUCGAUGCAUCUUGUCAAUUCAGUCCAUCCAUGGUAUUAAUGUUAGCACUAUAUGGGCUAUUCGAGAAAGCUUCGUCGCCAUUCUUGCUAUUAAUGCGCCAUGCAUAAAGCCAAUAUUUAGCCCCAGAGCCUGGACAAUCACAAGCGAGGACUCCGCGCCAAAGGAUAGCGAGAACCCAUCGUCGAAUGGUACGAGCAGUUAUCAGCUCAGCAAAACUUCAAAAUGCAAGUUCGAUCCGCUAUCCGUUCUUAGAACCGUUGAGGACCGUUGCAGCGAAGAAUUGGCCCUUCCAUAUAACCAAGCACGCAUGGGAUUUGCUAGCCAGGAAUCCAGUACCGUACGCGGGGCUGCUUCUUCUACAAGGAACCAGCCCCUAGAGAACCACAGCGCCGUACACGGGGUAUAA